AUGUUUAGUGGAAUGAAGACGGUAAAAGAGUUGUGGGGUGGUCUAGAAAGAAAAUACAAGCCUGAUGAUGCUGGAACCAAGAAGUUCUUCGUUGAAAGAUUCCUUGAAUUUAAAAUGAUUGACAACAAGUGUGUUGUAUCUCAAGUCCAGGAACUGCAAGUUAUCAUCCCCGAUCUCCUCGCGGAAGCCAUGGGCACCAGAGCUUGCUUCUUCAAGAAAAAUUCCUGCCAUUCAUUUCCUAAUUGUCGGCUUUGCUUCCAUAUCUUUCUUCUAUCACCGUUAUCUGUAUAUUGGCAACAGAAACUUCCAUUCUCAGGAAUUUUCCUUAAGGAUUAUGAGGCAAAGCAACACCAACGCGCCGCGGAAAUGAACAAGUCCAUAGGACCAAAUCUUGCUUUCAACGGGCUGGAAAGUUCCCAUGGCAUUAUUUUGAUCAACACUUGUAAUGAAAUUGAGGGGAAGUAUGUCGCUUAUCUCUCGACUCUAAGCAAUAAAAAAGUCAUACCUGUUGGUCCACUUAUUCAUGAAACGCCUACAACUAUAGAGAAUGAGGAGAACUCCAAGAUUAUCCAAUGGCUAGACAAGAAGGAUGAGUCCUCUUGUGUUUAUGUUUCAUUUGGAAGUGAAUAUUUCUUGUCCAAAGAGGAAAUUGAAGAAAUAGCUCAUAGUUUAGAGCUAAGUGAGUUGAACUUCAUAUGGGUGCUUCGAUUUCCAUUAGGUGAAGAAAUUAACAUUGAAAAAUGA